AACAGCGAACACAUCUCCUCGCAUUUCUUCCCAUCCGAUCCCCCCUUCGCAACCAAAACCCCAACUCGCCCCGCAUCGAUGGCGCCCAAGGCCGAGAAGAAACCCGCGGCGAAGAAGCCGGCGGAGGAGGAGCCCGCGGCCGAGAAGGCGCCCGCCGGGAAGAAGCCGAAGGCGGAGAAGCGGGUCCCCGCUGGCAAGUCCGCUGCCAAGGAAGGCGGCGAGGGCAAGAGGGGCAAGAAGAAGGGCAAGAAGAGCGUGGAGACCUACAAGAUCUACAUCUUCAAGGUGCUGAAGCAGGUGCACCCGGACAUUGGCAUCUCCUCCAAGGCCAUGUCCAUCAUGAACUCCUUCAUUAACGAUAUCUUCGAGAAGCUCGCUGCUGAGGCCGCCAAGCUCGCGCGCUAUAACAAGAAGCCUACCAUCACCUCCCGUGAGAUCCAGACCUCCGUGCGCCUCGUCCUUCCCGGGGAGCUCGCCAAGCACGCCGUCUCCGAGGGCACCAAGGCCGUCACCAAGUUCACCUCGGCCUAGGCUGCGCGGCCGCCGCUUGCAGGAUUCUCUCCUGUGUUCACGUCUCUUGCUGUAGUUAGGUGCUGCUGCCUGCUGGCUUCUAUGUAUGUUAUCUAUCUGUCUGUAGCAACUGUGUUAUCUGAUAGGACCGUAAUGGUGCUUAUUCAACCCAGCUAUAUGUUUCUAUGUGAA